UUUGCUACUCCACAAGCAAGACAAGGCAGCGUUUGGUUACUCGCUUCUCUAUAAAUACUAUAACAACAAAGUGAUGCGUUACUAAUAUUCACCCAGCACUUCAAAAUCUAAGCCAUAUCAUAUCGGAGAUGGAAGUGCCGGGAAGUUACCGUAGCGGCCUCGACGAGUCGUAUCGGCCCUUACCUUCUGUUUACAUGGCUUUCAUGAUGAUCUGGUCUUUCUCCGCUGUUUUUUGGGCUGUGAACACUUAUAAAUCGCGGUAUUUUCAGACAAAUAACUUGCAAUGGGUGCUUGCAUCAGUCCCGUUACUCAAAGCCUUGCAACUAACUCUGUCGUUCCUGUUCUGGUACUCUUGCUUUUAUUUUCAGACAUGCUCUCUUUGGAUUUCUUUCGGAGUUUAUGUUACUGGAAUACUGUUUCAAACAGCUUCGUUUGUCUCGUUCUUUCUCAUUUCUCAUGGGUACUGUAUUAUGUGUGAGCGUCUUUCUGUGCUUGAACGCAGAACUAUGGCAGCACUAGGAUGCGUGUUUUAUCUGAUUCUAGUUGGUCAUAGAGCUUCUGUACCUUACUUCACAGCGCUUCUGGUGAUUAAUUAUUUCAUUUUGUUCUAUGUGAUAUUCCAUCAUACAUCUCAAAACCUAUCAGUUCUGCGUGAGCAGUUAAUGUAUAUAAUAGAUGACGAUGUCCAUGCGAUGCGUGAUGCAAUUUAUACAAAGUACAUGAUGUUUAGAAAAUUCCAAGGUGCUAUGCAGAUUGUAGCUGUGGCAGAAAUAGCAAUUUUCAUUAACAUGGGCGAUUCUCUGGAAAAUUACUGGUUUCGCUUGUUAAUACGAGAAUGGUCACAAUUUUGCAUCUUUCUUUACAUCGGAUGGACUUUCUGGCCACAAGAAUUGGCACCGCGUUUUUCUGUUAUGCCGACUUUAAAGUCUAAAGGGGAGAUAAUGAUGCCUCCUAUCUACAGCAUUGAAAUGGAUGCUACUAGAUUUAAAGAUUUCAGUUCUCAUCAAUGGCAAAUUGGCGUGCCCACUUCUUUCCGUGACAGGGGAUUAAAGGAUUCAAUUCUAAUUGUAGUUCAACACCCCCAUGCCUAUCAGCCAACUUUAGUAAACUCUAAAUCACCAUCUCCGGUUGCUGUGGCUAAUUGUAACCCAGACGGGAGCACAAAUUCUUCAUAUGAGGUCCAUGAUCAGAAACAGUAACUUUUAGAAUGCACUGGUGAGGAGUAUUCUACCAGACAAGCUUAAGCUGCACUUGCUGAGACGACCUUGACACUGUAGAGUAGCUAUCCUUAUUUAGUACACAUCUGUCUUGUUAUAGGAAUACGUAGGCAAUGCUGAAAAAUCUAUUUUACCUUGGUUAAAAUGCAGCCAUUGUAUAUACUAUAUCUUUAUACUAUUAUUGAUGAUAAACAGAAUUGUACAUAUUCCCCAAGCUUUAACCCAGAGUCUUUAGUUAUGAUUCUU